UGUUUUUGCGAGGCUUUGCAGUUAUUGGUUUAUAAAUGCAGAGACAAAUAUAUUGUUUUCUACAGAACAUUAGGAGUUAUGGAAGCAGCUGAAAGUAAUGAUGAUGUUGAUUUGUUUAAAAAUAUACGAUAUUACGUUGUUGGCGAGCUACCACAAUCGACGAAGGACAUUUUAUCUAAAGCGAAAUCAGAAUCCUACUUAUCAGCAUUAGCAACUCAUGUAUUGGUGACGAAUCCCGAUCAUUAUGAAGUGGAAGCUGCACGAGAUAUUUGGCAAAUUCCCACUGUAACUCCACGUUGGGUGGAGCUAAGUCACAAGUGCAAUACAUUGUUACCGUAUCCUUUUGUAAAGUAAAUCUAUUCUCAUUAUGUGUAUAAUAAUAAUAACCAAAAUAGUUAAAUU